GCGAACUGCUACAAAUUCAAGGCAAAAACAGAGCAGAAACAUAACAACAAAUAAGAGUUGGAUCGAGAUAUUAUAUUUACAACAACAGUGGAUUUACAUGCAAGCUACUCUUAAAAGAAGAAAGGGAAAUGCUGAUAAAACCCUUUAUAUGUUUUCUUGCCUUCUGCACCUUUGCAGAGAAUUCUGCUUCAUCUAUAGAUGGCAACCAGAAAGCAUCAGUAUUUUCAAGCCUGUCUCCAAGUGAAAUGAAUACAGUUCGAGAUUUUUUGAUGGCCCAGAAACCCUUGCAACUUUCACCCACUCAAUCCAAUCUUCUUUACAAAAACCAAAUUUUUCUUAUUGACUUACAGCUCCCAAAAAAGCAACAUGUAUUGAACUAUUUGGACAAAAAUAGUAUACAGCCUAGACGAGAAGCAAGAGUAGUGAUUUUUUAUGGAGACCAGAGUAAACCCAAUGUCACUGAAUAUGUAGUAGGUCCUCUUCCUUAUCCAUAUUAUUACCGCCCACGGUAUUUCAAAGGUCGCCAUCCAAUCAGGUAUGAAUCCAGACCAAUGACCUAUGAGGAAAUUGACAACAUUGACAAUUUUCUGAAAAAUGUAACAGAGAAAACGUAUCAUUUAAUGAAGGAGAGUUAUGGUUUUUGGUAUCAUAACUGCACUGAUCAUUGCUUGACAUUUUCAGAUAUUGCCCCUCGAGGCCUUAAAUCUGGUGAACGACGAACAUGGUUAAUGCUACAACGAUUUGUGGAAGGAUACUUUAUUCACCCAGUUGGAUUUGAAAUUCUCAUCAACCACCAAGCCACUGACCCACGUGACUGGACAGUAGAAAAAGUCUGGUAUAAUGGACAGUAUUUUGAUAGCAUAGAUGAACUUGUGGACAAAUAUGACAGAAAUGUCAUUCAUAAACUCAAACUAAGUGUUAACAGUGAAGAAUACAUUUACUCAACAUACAAACCACGUGGACAAUUUAAAACACCAACAAAUAUUCAUGGACCUAAACUUUGUGAAACUCAAGGUAAGCGAUAUUUGCUGCAUGGAAACAAAGUGGAGUAUACUGGCUGGAGUUUUGCAUUCCGUGUACGAACAACUGCAGGACUUCAACUCUUUGAUAUUUGCUUUAAUGGUGAACGAAUUGCCUAUGAGGUGUCAAUACAGGAAGCAAUUGCAUUUUAUGCAGGUCACACUCCAGCUGCAAUGCAAACAAAAUAUAUUGAUGCUGGUUGGAUGAUGGGUGCAGUCACUUAUGAAUUAGCAAAGGGAUAUGAUUGCCCUGAAACUGCCACUUUUCUUGACACAUAUCACUACUUUGAUACUGACAAACCUAUCCGAUACAAAAAUUCACUUUGCAUUUUUGAGCAGUCAAUGGGCAUGCCUCUCAGAAGACAUUUCAACAGCAAUUUUCAUGGUGGCUAUAACUUUUUUGGUGCCCUGGAAAGCCAUGUGCUGAUUGUUCGGACCACUUCCACUGUUUACAACUAUGACUACAUCUGGGACUUCAUCUUUUACCAGAAUGGUGUAAUGGAGGUAAAGGUCCAAGCCACUGGUUACAUUCAUGCCACAUUUUUUACUCCAGAAGGACUUCAUUAUGGUUCACGGGUUGCUGAUCAUGUGCUUGGAAAUAUUCACACCCACCUUGUAAACUAUAAAGUUGACCUAGACGUUGCAGGUACAGAAAAUGUAUUUAAGACAAUUGACUUGAAGCAGGAAGAAAUUGCGAACCCCUGGAGCACAGACCACUCUAUUGUCCAGUCACGAAUGUACCACACAGUGCACAAAACUGAAAGAGAAGCAGCCUUUCAAAUCAGAAAAAAACUGCCACCUUAUCUACUGUUCUACAAUGCCAACAAGACAAACAAGUGGGCUCACAAGCGAGGUUAUAGAAUACAAUACAAUUCUCAUGCUAGACCUGUGAUGCCUUUGAACUACAAAGAAGAAAAAGGAAUUUCAUGGGCAAGGUAUCACCUAGCUGUGACACAUCACUAUAACAUUGAAGAGACCAGCAGUAGCAUUUACAAUCAAAAUGACCCAUGGGAACCUCCAGUCUACUUUGAGAGCUACAUUCACAACAAUGAAAACAUUGUUAACAAGGACUUGGUAGCCUGGGUCACAGUUGGCUUCUUACACAUCCCUCAUUCAGAAGACAUACCAAAUACUGCUACCCCUGCAAACACUGUGGGAUUCUUCUUACGGCCUUUUAACUUCUUUGAUGAAGAUCCUUCAGUGGCAUCACAAAGCACAGUUAUUGUUCGACCUAAAAAUGAUGACUUCUCUGAGGUGGAGAUUCAGCGCUGGACCCCUGCAGUGGUUGGAAAGUGUGUUUCUGACAGUCCGUUUCACUACAAUGGGACGUACAGCAGUGAUUGAGCAGGAGACUGUUAAUGUGGCUAGAUAUAAUUUAAACAGUUUUCUAGCCAUUUGGCCUGAUAUGUGUUUUUUGUUGUUUAACCAUUAAUGUGUUCCCUCCUAUGAACUGUAAACUGUUUUUUUUUUAAGUUUAAAAGGGAGAUGUUUGAAUAGUGUGCUUGUUACACUUUAUGUUUUUCCUGUUGUACUAUUUCUGCCUUUGUAGUAGAGGAAAGGACCUUGAAAUUACAUUUCUUAAAUGAUGCCCCAGGUGCAAAAGAAAGAGUUGAUUUGAACAUUAAAAUGAGCUGUAUUGCAUCACAGUUUACAGAUAAUAUAAAGAUCUAGUUUUCCACAGUCUUCGUAAAACUAAGACAUAUUAAUUUUUACUUUGUAUUAUUACAUUUUAAAAAUCUUAUCUGAGGUACACAUGACAGCAAAGAGAUUAUUGUAAUUGAAGCAUGCUCUUCUAAUCUGUAGCACUUUUGAAAUUGUUUUCUGUGAAACAGAUUGUCUUCAUAGAUA